GGCAUCAAAGAGCUGCAAUCAUGAAUUCUUCCGGGGAAAACUCCACGUACAGGUGUAAGUUCGACGAGGACUUCAAAUACGUCCUCCUGCCCGUGUCCUACGGCAUCGUCUUCUGCGUGGGAUUGAUCCUCAACGUAGCGGCGCUCUACAUCUUCAUAUUCCGCAUAAAACCCUGGAACGCCUCGACCACGUACAUGUUCAACCUGGCCAUAUGCGACAUGAUGUAUGUGAUAUCCCUGCCCCUGCUGGUGUACUAUUACUCCCAGGGAGACAACUGGCCGUUUAGCGUGGGGUUGUGCAAAAUAGUCAAGUUCCUCUUCUACACCAACAUGUACUGCAGCAUCUUCUUCCUCCUCUGCAUCAGCAUCCACCGCUUCCUCGGGAUCUGUUACCCCAUGAAGUCGCUGGGCUGGCUAAAGGUCCGGAACGCUCGGAUCAUCUCCGUCUUGGUCUGGGUGAUUGUAUCCGCCUUCCAGUCCCCGAUCCUGUACUUUGUAACGACCAGCAGCAACGGGGACAACACCAUCUGCCACGACACCUCCAGCGCGGACCUCUUCGACACGUUUGUCAUCUACAGCACGGUCAACCUGGCCUUGUUGUUUUGCGUUCCUUUCGUCACCAUCCUGGCCUGCUACGUGCUGAUGACAAAAGCUCUCCUGAAGCCAUCAGCAGCCACUUCUCAGACUUCCAAGUCCAAGAGGAAGUCCAUCAAGAUGAUCAUCAUCGUUCUCCUCGUCUUCAUUGUCUGCUUCUUACCGUUCCACGUCAACCGGACACUUUAUUAUUACUUCCGCAAGAUGGACCUCGAGUGCGACGUUCUGAACGCUAUCAACUUGGCUUACAAGGUGACCCGGCCGUUGGCCAGCGUCAACAGCUGCCUCGACCCCAUCUUGUACUUCCUGGCCGGGCAGACCGUCCGGCGGAAUAUUAAUAUUAUCGGCCGGAGCCGCAUCACCAAGAUGAAAAGCAAGAUCUCAAACUACAUGCAGGACAACAACUGGAGCUCGGUGGGGGACGGAAACGUUGCUAACGAUAGUGCCCCGAGCCCUAGCCUGACCGUGAUCACCAGGAUGUGAAGAACACAGAACUAACGGGGG